AUGGUCGCCAACCCCAAAAGACGCACCGCCAUCGAGGGCUACACCAUGGAAGUACCCAACCCAUCCAAGCGCGCCCGUUCCACCCGCCUCCCACCCGAUCCCCAAGCCCAACUCGCCGACGCACCCAUCGACCAAGUCUCCGACCCCGACUUCACACCCGCCACCGCCGCCGAAAACGACGACGCAACCUCCAUCACCACCACCACCACCUCCUCCACCUCCACACCCCCCACAACCCCCCGCGCCCGCGCCCCCAUCUCCCCCACCACAACCCCCACCGCCACGACCUCCUUCCUCCUCUCCCCCUCGACCUCCCUCCCCCUCCCCACGCUAACCUGCUGCACCACCCCCCUCCACCACACGCGCCUCAGCCUCCUCACCACCGAGCGCGCCCUCGCGACUUUCUCCGCACAGCUGUCGUCGCUGCUCCUCGCCGCCGCCGACGACAUCGCCACCGCCCUCUUCCAGCAGCACACCCUCGCCGCGCUGCCCGCCGAGGCCUUCAGCCCCGCGCGCGGAGGCGAGGCCGCGGCUUGGUUGAGGGAUGUGAUGCGUGGGUUGGGGGUGGGGGUGGGGGAGAGGAUGGCGCAGACGAGGUGGGAGGUGCAGAGGGCGUGUUUGGAGGCGCAUGUGAAGGGGGUGGAGGAGGGGUUGGUGGGGGUGCUGGGGAGGGUGGAGGUGGCGGUGGGGGAGUGUGAGGGCGUUGUUGGGGGGGUGGGGUGGGUGGAGCGGGAGCGGGAGCGGGGGAGGGGGAGUGGUGGUGGUGGGUGGUGGGAGGUCCGUGAUGAUGUCGACAUCGAGGACGAGGAUGACGAUGUAGAGGCGGAUGUCGACGCACAUCAAUGCACUCCUUGGUGGCGACGCUGGCUCCCUGGCGCUCCUGCUGCUCCACCACCUUCCCCACCGCUCACGCCUCCUGCAUCACCUGCACAGCUGCGUCUUCGGCGUCGCCGCCGUCGCCGCGCCCGUCUAGCCCAGGCCGAUACUCUUGCAGGCCAAUCGCCGCUGACACACACAUGCGCGCACCUCGCCGCCAUCCGUACUGGGCUGCGUCGAUUGAAGCAGCGCAUGGAGUUGCUACGAGAGGAGCGGCAGCUGCGGGCGGACGACGACGAGGUGGAGGGACGGUACGGCAGGCGGGGGUCGGAGGGGGUUGGAGGGGUGGAGAGAGUGUUUGGGCGGAAUGCUGAGCAGUUGGAUAGACUGAGGGGGGCGUGGGUGGGGUUUGCGAGGGGGUGUUGUCGCGGUGUGGUGGGGUGA